CUGAAUUAAUUUGUAUUAUAUAUAUGUAUAUGGAGAUAAAGAGAGAGCUAGUUUUGAUUUUCCGAUCAUUUGUUCAUUAAUUUCUGAUAAUAUAACAGUAGUUAUAUUAACAAAUCCUCCGGGUUUGGUUGUUGUUUGAAUUAACAAGAGAUUAAAUAAUUAAGGUCACAAUUAAAGGCACGCUAGGUACCGCGGCGUAGGGUUGAGUUUGAAAUGGCGGGUGGAGGAGGGGGUAAUGCCGGCAGAGAACUCGAUCAGACGCCAACAUGGGCUCUGGCCGCCGUCUGCUUCCUUAUCAUUAUUAUUUCUAUCGUUUUGGAAAAGGUUCUUCACAUGGUUGGAGAGUUUUUUCAUCAUAAAAAGAAGGUGGGGUUGCUUGAAGCUCUUGAGAAAGUGAAAGGGGAGCUUAUGGUUUUGGGAUUUAUAUCUCUGUUAUUGACAUUUGGGCAAAAGUAUAUAUCUCAAGUGUGUAUUCCCAUAGAGGCUGCAGACACAAUGUUGCCUUGCCCGUACAGAGACCCUGACGAAGAAGCAGGUGGUGGUGGGGGUGACCAUCGUCGUAGGCUGUUAUGGUAUGAACGCAGAUAUUUAGCUGGUGGUAGCGCAGGUCCUGGCUGCAAAGCGGGAAAAGUGCCAUUGAUAUCUUUAAAUGGAUUACACCAACUUCACAUCUUCAUAUUCUUUUUAGCAAUAUUUCACGUUUUUUACGGUGCGUUAACAAUGACCCUUGGAAGAUUAAAGAUUCGUGCUUGGAAGGUGUGGGAACGAGAGAUGGAAAAUGAUAAUGAAUUCAAUGAUCCUACAAAAUUCAGGCUCACUCACGAGACAUCUUUUGUGAGAGACCACACCAAGUGUUGGACUAAAACACCAGUCACCUUCUAUCUUGUAAGCUUUUUCAGACAAUUCUUUAGGUCUGUUCGUAGGGCUGACUACUUGACCAUGCGGCAUGGGUUCAUCGCUGUUCAUUUAGCACCUGGAAGUAAGUUUGACUUUCAAAAAUAUAUCAAAAGGUCAUUAGAAGAUGACUUUAAGGUGGUUGUGGGAAUCACUCCACUCUUAUGGACUACAAUGACUCUCUACUUGCUUCUCAAUGUUCAUGGAUGGGAAGCUAUGUUUGUGCUAUCCAUACUUCCUCUAAUUAUAAUCUUAGCUGUUGGAACAAAGCUGCAAGCAAUUAUAACACAAAUGGCACUUGAAAUCCAAGAAAGGCAUGCUGUAGUCCAAGGAAUACCUCUGGUGCAAGUCUCAGACGAGCAUUUUUGGUUCGGCUGGCCUCAGUUAGUUCUUCAUCUGAUCCAUUUUGUCCUCUUUCAGAAUGCAUUUGAGAUUACAUAUUUUUUCUGGAUAUGGUACGAGUUUGGGCUGAGAUCUUGUUUCCAUGACAAUUUCGUUCUCACAGCACUUAGAGUUGCACUUGGGGUAGCAGUUCAGUUUAUGUGCAGCUACAUCACACUUCCGCUAUAUGCAUUGGUUACGCAGAUGGGAUCAACAAUGAAGAAGUCGAUCUUUGAUGAACAAACUAACAAGGCUUUAAAGAUAUGGCAAAAAAAUGCUGCUGCAAAGAAGGCUGGUGGGAAGUCGGGAGGUAAAGCAUCUUCGGGUGGCGACUCAGUAACAAAGCCACCACCAAAGGCUAAGAUGGACAAAAACGCAUCAACUCCUGAACAGACAGCAAACAUCACGGCCAGCGUAGAUAUUCAAGGCAACAACGCUGACCUCCUAUCAGGACCGUGAUUUUCGCAAUUGUGGCGGUGAAUGUGGGAGAAAUAAAACAUUGCAAAACUUGAGGCUCCGGCAAGCAACUUAAGGCCGGCAAGAAUACCAAAUAUCCCUAUUGUUUAUGAGUAACUGUGUGCAUAUGAUUUGUCACAUCAUGACAUCUUGCAAAUUCUCCGAAGUUAACAUGAACUUAAUCUUGUACAAGUAGUAGGCCAGAACAAUCCAUCAGCUCAAGACUCUGGUGAAAAGAUCCCCUUCUCUUUCUAUGUAAUAUUAUUUCUUCAUUCAAUGUUUUGUUUUAAAACCAAAAGUAUCAAUCAACUACAUUG